UCGACAUCUCUCCCGCAGUCUCCGACGAGAGCUCGAGAAGCCUAAAGAAGACGGCGGCGAAGAUGCAGCACGUCGAGAGGAUCCGAUCCCUUCACGUCCUCCCCGCCUCUCGCAAAUCCCUUCUCCCUCUUGUACGUGCUUGUUUCUCCUCCACCACCGCCCGCACCGCUGACACCGCCGUGCAUUCCGAAGACCCUCAGGGUGAUGAUGCUGAAGAGGCGGCAAAGGCAGCAGCAGCUGAGGAGAAUCUGAGGAAGGAACGUAAGGAGGAAGACAUGGAACUGCCUCAUAGCCUCAGCGACAAGAUCCCGCCGUUUGCUCCGUCUCCCAAGCUCGAGAGCCACGAGGUUGUCCCGCCGGGGGCGCCAUCCCUGCAGCAGAAGCGCCGGCUCUCGCACCGGCCCGAGCCCGUAGUCUUCGCCGACGUGUCCUGUGUCCGCCCCGACGGCGCACCUCUUCACCGAGAACAGCAGAAAGAGGAGGAGGAGGACUACAAGGAGUACUACAAGCAUCAUAAGCCGUCGCCGCUGGCGGAGAUAGAGUUCGCGGACACGAGGAAGCCGAUAACCCGGGCGACAGACAGCGGAGCGAGCUACGAUGGAAUGAUGGUGGAGGAGACGGUGAAUGAGGCAUUGACACGGGCGGAGGCCAUGUUUAGGGAGAGGGCCAUGACGGGCGACCCCGACUUGCCUCAUUCCAGGGCUCUCAGUAGAAUGUUUUGGGAGAUGGCCCGAUGUGUGCAUGGCUCCACUGGGCUUGGAAGUAUGUAGUGUGAGAGCUCUAACAUUGUGGAUUCUAAUGGAAAUGAUGUUACUUCGUACAUGUCUUAAUUACUAGUUGGCUGGCGGCCCCCGUACGAAGAUGGAUUUUAUAUACAUAACGGAGUGUAAUAAAUGGGCAUGAGAUGUAUUUUUGAUCU